UAUUUUUAAAGGGGGUAGGUGGAGUUUCCCGUCUCUCUUGCUCCCAGACCUGAGUUUGGGUCACAGCGGUUGGGUGUUGCCACUCUCUGGUCUCCUGCUGAAACCCUGACGCUCCUCCGACUGAACCUGCAAAUUUACAACUUUUUCCAAAACGUCCACAAUGGAUCAGCACAAGCUGCGCUCGGCAGGCGUCCAGGAGAAGCUGGAGAUCGUUGGGGUGGAGGACGAGUCCGGCAACCCCAUCAGCGCCCUCACCAUCCUGUCUCUGCUGGAGCGCGUGGCCGGCAUCAUCGACAACGUCCAGUCCUGCCAGCAGCGCAUGGAGGAGCGUCAGCUGGAGCUGGAGAACAACAUCAAGAACAUCCAGGGCGACGUCCUGAAGCUGGCCAAGGACCACAGCGACACCAGCGGCACCGUGGAGAAGCUCCUGCAGAAGACCCGCAAGGUGAGCGCCAACGUCAAGGAGGUCCGCACGCGCGUGGAGAAGCAGAACGUCCGAGUCAAGAAGGUGGAAACGACGCAGGACGAGCUGCUGACGCGCAACAAGUUCAGAGUGGUCAUCUACCAGGGUGAGACGGAGGUCCCCUCCGUGGCUGUCACCAAAUCUCCCAAAGGUCUUGGACUGGAAGGCCUGGAGAUUGAGCCCGAUGUCUACGACAUCCCCGCCGACCUCUCCUCUGACGAAGAGUACCUGAGAGACGAGGAGCCGGACCCGUCUCGAGCCGCUCGGCUCAAGAAGUCCAUGGUGAAGAGCACGGAGACCCUGAAGGCCGCCUUCUCCAAGGAGAACAUGAGCAAAACCAAAGACAACCUGGGCACCAAGUUCCACAACCUGGGCGAGAGGGUGAUGCCGCCGGAGAGGAGGGAGAAGAUGCAGCAGGCGGGGGAACGGCUGAAGCAGUCCGGCGAGCGCCUGAAGGAAAACAUCGCCAAGAAAGCUCCCACCAAAGAGACCUUCCGCAUCAAGCUGAAGAAAGAGCGAGCCGUCGCCGAGGGCCAGGAGGGAGCCGAGGGAGAGGGCGAGCCGGCCAAGGAGGAGAAGCCGAAGAGCGCCGCGGAAACAAAGAGGGAGGGGCCGGUGGAGGAGGUCGGCGCCACCCGGGUGUCAGAAUAACGUCCUGAGAACCAGGAACUGGGCUGAGAUGUUAGAUGAUUAAUCAAAUUACUGCGGUCUAAAUCUUGACAAUUAUUGAUAAAGUCUGUGAAAUGUAUUCAUGUAAAGGUGAUCAGGUUGUAGAACAUGUGAGUCCAGACGGGUCGGAGAGCCGAUGGAGGGAGGAAGAUGACAGGAAGGAUUCUGAAUGUUGGCACUAAAUGUACAUAUAAUCCUGGACAAACUUCCAGUUUCAGAAGGAGAAAUUGUCUUCAGCUGGUCUGACGUCAGACUGGUUUCUGUCUGAGCUCAGAGACAAAAACCCACAGGAGAAACAGAGAUUUAACUAGACCCUGAACGCCACGCAGGUUAGUUUUAUUUAACAUUAGAAAAGUUCAGGAUUCUGACAUCAGAACGGUUUUUAAAGCAACAGAAUCAACGUUUCUGCACGUUUCCUCCACAUCUGAGAAACGGAGAAACGUUUUACGGAGAGUUUUUAAAAAGCAGUGACCUCCAGCAGGAUGUAAAAACUCCUUCAUGAUUUCAAACCUUUGCUGCUUUUCCUUUUAAUUCACCUGAGACGAUUUCUGAGGUCGCUGCCUUGAUUGGACUUUAAACUUCCUGCUCUGCAGUCAUCAGAGGAAUCCAGUAGAAAUGUGGCUUUUAAAGGAAAUUCAUUAGUUUGUUUUAGCAGCACAUCUUUCUGUGUCAUAUUGUUUUAUUAUUUUUGUAUUGCUGCUCUUCAUUUACUGCAGUAGAGUAAAUUCUUUAGGUUUAUUUUGGGUAUUUUGUUCAUAUUUUAGGUCUGAAAUCCAUUUUUUUACAGUUUCUCAGAAAAUCCUAAAUGCUGAAACAGAAAUAAAAACCACAAACUGUCAGUUUGUCUUCUGUAAUGUUUGUUUUGACUUGUAUAACAAAACCUGGAUCAAAAAUAAAACAUUUGUUACA